AUGCGUUCAUUGUGUAUCGUUUUUCGACAUACUAGUUUUGUCAGAUCUAAGCGAACAUUUUUUACACAAUCCUAUAUUGGUGGAAAAUGGGUUUCAUCUCAAUCGGGUGAGACAUUUAAGGUUUAUAAUCCGGCAAAUGGCGAAGAAAUUGGUAGUGUGCCAAAUUGUAAUAAGAAUGAUGCUGAAUUAGCUGUUCAAGCAGCAUUCACAGCUUUUAAUGAACACUGGUCAGUUCGAACGGGAAAAGAACGAAGUAAAGUAAUGAUGAAAUUCUUUGAAUUAAUAACAAAAAAUCGUGAUCGUUUGGCAAAAAUAUUAACAACAGAAAUGGGUAAACCAUUAAAAGAAGCAAGUGGUGAGAUUGAUUCCGGAGCUAGUUAUAUCGAAUGGUUCGCUGAAGAAGCUAAACGUGUUUAUGGUGAUAUAAUUCCUGCUGCUCUUCCAAAUAGACGAUUACUUGUUAUUAAACAGCCUGUGGGUGUUUGUGGUUUUAUCACACCUUGGAAUUUUCCAGCAGCAAUGCUUUUACGAAAAGCUGGUCCUGCACUUGCUUCUGGAUGUACAGUUAUUUGUAAGCCAGCGGAAGAUACUCCCUAUUCAGCGUUGGCAUUAUGUGAUCUUGCCAAAGAAGCUGGUUUUCCUGACGGUGUUAUUAAUGUGUUAACAUCAAGUUCUCAUACAAGCGAAAUAGGCAAACAUCUUUGUGAACAUUCAUUAGUAGCGAAGAUGUCCUUCACUGGAUCGACAGAGGUUGGAAAAAAAAUUUUAGCACAAUGUGCAUCAACAAUAAAAAAGCUUGGAGGAAAUGCGCCGUUCAUUGUAUUUAACAGUGCCAAUUUAACACAAGCUGUAGAAGGGGCUAUGAACUCAAAAUUUCGUGCAUCUGGACAAACGUGUGUUUGUGCUAAUCGUAUUCUCGUACAAGAGGGUAUAUAUGAACAAUUUCUUGCCGAAUUUUCUAAAAAAGCAAAAGAACUUAUAGUCGGUGAUGGAACACAUCCAAAAUCAAUGUUAGGUCCUGUUAUUAAUAAAGAUCAAUAUGAACGAAUAAUUGAUUUUGUAGCUGAUGCAAAACAGAAAGGCGCAAGAAUAAUUAUGGGUGGAACCGAAACAAAAGAAAAAUUGAAAAAUAAUGGAUUUUUUAUUGAACCAUCAGUUGUUGCUGAUGUAAAAUUAUCAAUGCGAGUUGCACAAGAAGAAAUAUUUGGACCAUUAGCAGCUAUCAUAAAAUUUAAAACAGAAGAAGAAGCUGUUAAAAUUGCUAAUUCUGUGGAAGUUGGACUAGCAGGUUAUUUUUAUAGUCAAGAUUUAUCUCAAAUUUGGCGUGUUGCAGAAAAACUUCAAACUGGAAUGGUCGGUGUCAAUGAAGGUUUAAUUUCAGCUGUUGAAGCUCCAUUUGGUGGAGUAAAACAAUCUGGCUUUGGACGAGAAGGUUCGAAAUAUGGAAUUGAAGAUUAUGUGAAUUUGAAAUAUAUUUGUCUUGGUGGAUUAUCUGCCACUCCUUAA